ACAUUAAAUUCACGUUUCCACUGACAAUCUUCCGUAUUUGCUGACUGAGUUGACUCGUAGCAAUCUGCCUGUAUAAAGAACGUCGGACUCGGUUGGAGGUAGUGGUGGUGGUCGUCCACACUGACCGAUAUUCAGAGAUCUAUGGAGAACGGAACAGCGGAACCGGUGCCGAGAGUAGGCGUGGUGGUUUUCUUGCUCAGAGAGAAAUCGGUGCUCUUAGGGCGACGCCGUUCCACCGGCGUCGGCGAUUCCAAAUUUGCUCUCCCCGGCGGCCACCUCGAGUUCGGGGAGAACUUUGAGGAAUGUGCGGCUAGAGAGAUAAAGGAAGAGACUGGUUUGGAGAUUGAGAAGAUAGAGUUUUUGACAGUCACAAACAAUCUGUUCCUAGAUGAAACAAAGCCAUCCCAUUAUGUGGCAAUCUAUGUGAGAGCAUUCUUGAAAGAUCCAAAUCAAUUGCCACAGAAUCUUGAGCCCACAAAGUGUGAUGGUUGGGGUUGGUAUGAAUGGGAUAAUCUUCCACAACCACUCUUUUCGCCUUUGGAGAAAAUGGUGAAGGAGAACUUUAAUCCUUUUCCAAGUUCUUCCUAGAAAUUUGUUACCAAUUUAUUUGAAUUGGCAUUUUUAUUGUGUCUUGUUCUUGCUGUUCCUACUAGUAUCUCAAUGGAAUUGGUUGUUUAAUGUGUGUUUUUGUGCAAUACUUUCGGAUGCUGAAUAGAUCCUUAGUUGAAAAACUAAAUGAUCAAAAUUAGCAUUAUCAUGUUGCUUCC